AUAGGUUCGAGCAAGAUAUUUGAUGGCCUGGCCUUGCUCGAAAUUUUGAUCACUUCUACAGGAUUAAUAAUUUGUUUCAAUUCCCCACUUCCUGUUUUCCAUACACGGUUGCACAUUACACACCCAUUGCCAACAACCUUCAACGACUCCACCUCUCUCCUUCCCAACAUUCCGAUGCCUCCAAAGGGCCGUCCACGGCGCGCCGCCGCCCGGAAAAAGCCACCACCGCCGGAAAAUCCCACCAUUUCAGCCGAACCUUCCGAAGAAAUACAUGCAGAUAAACAGCAACCGCUCACUGAAGUUCCUCUUCCCGACAACGACGUCGUGUUGGCUCCAUCAUCAGAAACCCUAAUCGCCGGAAAACCAGAGCCACCUGAGAAUCAAACGCAAUCGACGGAAACCGCCGUGAAAUCUCAAGACGACGUCGUUUUGGGUUCUGAGGAGACUAAGGAUAAGGAUACUGUUGGGAAGGCGAAGAAGGUGGUGAAGAAGACUGUUAGAGUUGUGAAGAAGGUGAUUAAGAGAGUUCCGAAAAAGGUUGUAAAAUCUGAAAUUGAUUCUCAAAUUGAUAAGGUUGAUUCAAUUUCAAAACCUGAAUUUACAGUUUCUGCUUGUGUUAAUAAAGAGGAAUUAAAGUCUGCUGGAAAAUGUGUUCAAUUGAAGGAGGAAAUUAAUAAUUCGGUGUCGAAUUUCCGAGAAGAGGAAUCGAAGUCUACUAGUAGUAGUGGUGCUCAAUUGAAGGUGGAGAAUCAUGAUUUGAACUCGAAUUCGACAAUUUCUGCUAAGGUUGGUGUUCAAUUAAAGGCGGAAAAUCAUGAUUCCGAUGUUUUGGUUUGUAAGAUGGAGGAGGAGGAGAGUAAGGUUGAGGUUAAUGAGAAGAAGGGUAUUCUAGAAGAAGUUCGAGGCGAGAACGUAGUAGAAAAAGGAAGUGAAUUGAUGGAAAUUGAGAGUGUUUCGAACAAUGAGGGUAAUGUGGAGGAGAGGGGUGGAGAAUGUGGAAAGGAAAGUGAGGGUUUGGUUAUUGCCGAGGGCGCGAAACUAGAGGAGAGUAAGGGAGAGGAGGUGGAAGAUGGUCAAGGAGAGAGGAAGUUGUUUAGAGGGGAAUUGGAGGCGAUGGAGCGAAAGAAGAGGCGAAAGACGGAGAUAUUUAUUGGCAGGUUGGAUAAGGAUGUCAAGGAGGAUGAUAUUAGGAAGGUUUUUGCAGAGGUUGGUGAAAUUGUGGACUUGAGGCUGAUUUUGAAUAGUAAGACUGGGAAGAAAUUUGCUUUUCUGCGGUAUGCGUCCGCAGAGGAGGCCAGGAGGGCGUUAGAUAAGUUUGCCAAAGUUGAGAUUUGUGGCAAGGAGUGUGGUGCAACCCCUGUCGAGGGCAAUGAUACAAUUUUUCUUGGUAACAUUGACAAGAAAUGGAAGUAUGAAGAUGUUGUCAGUUUGUUGAACAAGAUUGGUAUUGGAAACAUAGAUAAGGUCACAGUUAUGGUGGAUUCUAAUAACAGCGAAUGUAAUCGUGGAUUUGCAUUUGUUGAAUUUUUAACCAUCAAUGAUGCUCAGCUUGCUUAUACGAAGCUUCAAGAGAAAGAUGUUUUUGGGAAAAAUAAAAAAUUAAAGGUUGCUUGGGCUGAACCUUUGAAGGAGCUUGAUGAAGAAGAAAUGCUAAAGGUCAAAACAGUAUAUGCGGAAUUUAUACCUUCCUCUUGGGAUGAAAUGAAAUUGAGAGAUACUUUUAAGAAGUUUGGGGAGAUAGAUGAAAUUGUUCUUGCUCGGAAUCUAAAAACAACCAAGCGGAAGGACUUUGCAUUUAUCAGUUUUAAAACUCGUGAAGCUGCCAUCAAAUGCAUUGAAUCUUUUGGUCAUGACUUAAGCAGCAAAGAUGAAAGCAAGGUAAGUGUGAAAGUCUCCCUUGCUAAACCAAAGCCAAAGGUAAGACCAAUUGCAAAACCUUUUGCCAAGGAGGUCCCCCAAACAAUGCCAAGAGCCAGUCACAGUAAAAUUAGGCCAAGUGAGCCUUUAAACUGGAUACAUCGUACGGUACCUCGUCAUGGUAUUCAAGUUCCUGACAUGUCUUCUACGAAUGUUGAGUUGGUCCAGUUAUUGAGAGAGCAAGCUUCAUGGAGAUCACCACAUGCGAGCCUAAGCAGCAGACCCAUGGAUCUGCGCUACUCUAACCCCUCCUUAUCUGGGAGGAAGCGUCAAUAUCCUGAGAUGGAAACUGAUCCGCUGCAUGGAAUCUCAAACAGAUAUCCUCAAUUCCAUUUGGAUGCUCCUUACUCUGUUGCAAGUUCAAGUCAAAAUAUAAUGCCUCCUAAUGUUCUUACAAACCCUAUGGCCUAUCAUCAACGGCAUGGUGGGUACACUUCUGGAUCACUUUAUGGAGCCAGAAAUUAUGCAAACAAUGUUGAGAUCAGGGAUAAAGCGCACGAAAGCAGUUUUCGGCGAUAUUGACUGUUGGAGGACUGAAGAGGAAAGCAACUUGGUAGUGAACUUGUGACGCUACAAGCUGAUAUGGAGUAUUGGAGUGGUAUCAAAAAUGGUGAGCCACCAAUUAGUAUGAUUCUAAAUUGGUAAUUAUAUUUCGUUUUCUUUCCUUGUGAUGUAAUUUCUAUAAUUAGGUUGUUAGACUUAGAACCCGCCUUUUCUUUUACUAGUUUUUUUUUUUUUUUUUUUUUUUUUUUUUGUUUUUUUUGUUUUUGUCUUCGUUGUUCAAUGUGCAUGGAUUGUUCAUAGUCUCCAUACAAUUGCUUUGAAAGAAUCCAUCCUAGCUUUUCCAUAAUAUGUAAAACUCAGUCACAAAUUUUUUAUCCAAGACAUUAUUUAUGAUGUUAUUA